GAACACAACCACUUCCUUAAUUCUCUCAAACUCUGAAAACUUGCAAACACUUCUUUACCUGUCGGGAUUUUUUCUCUUCUUUUCAUUUUCGGGUCUAUAAUCAUUUCUCCUUUCAUCAAAAUAGAACCCUUUUAAGGGUUUAGUCCAAAGUUGAAUUUCGUUGUUUGAUUAGGCUCAAUUUGAACAUGGACGGAGAAGAGUUAACAGAGCAAGAAACUGCAUUGUAUGAUCGCCAAAUUAGGGUUUGGGGUGCUGAUGCUCAACGAAGACUAAGCAAAUCCCAUAUAUUAGUUUAUGGAAUGAAGGGCACUGUUACUGAGUUUUGCAAGAACAUUGUUUUGGCUGGAGUUGGAAGUCUGACACUAGUGGAUGACAGGGCUGUGACUGAAGAAGCAUUGUCUGCUAAUUUUUUGAUGCCCCCUGAUGAAAAUGCUUGUAGUGGGAAAACUCUUGCUGAGCUUUGCCGUGAUUCUUUGAAUGAAUUUAACCCCAUGGUUCGUGUUUCGGUUGAAAAAGGUGAUUUGGCAAGCUUUGGCGUUGAAUUCUUUGAUAAGUUUGAUGUUGUAGUUAUAAGUUUCUGCUCCCUUGCAACCAAAAAAUUGAUCAAUGAGAGGUGUCGGAAGUUAUCGAAGCGUGUAUCAUUUUACACAGUUGACUGUAGAGAUUGUUGUGGCGAGAUCUUUGUUGAUUUGCAGAAAUAUAAUUAUGCAAAGAAAAGGCUAGAUGGAACUACUGAAUGCGAACUGCAAUAUCCAAGUUUUCAGGAAGCUAUUUCAGUGCCUUGGAGAUCACUUCCCCGGAAAGUCUCAAAGCUUUAUUUGGCUAUGAGAGUGAUUGAAAGGUUUGAAGAGGACGAAGGACGCAAGCCAGGAGAAAUUUGUAUUGAGGACCUUCCUGCUGUUCUGAAGCUGAAAAAGGAACUUUGUGAGGCGCAGUCACUGAAUGAAUCUCACAUUCCCAAUGCCCUCCUUGAAAGAUUGGUUAUGGGUGCAAGAGAAUUCCCUCCAGUUUGUGCCAUCAUUGGAGGAAUCCUUGGACAGGAGGUAAUCAAAGCAAUAUCAGGCAAAGGGGAUCCCCUCAAGAAUUUCUUCUUCUUUGAUAGUGUGGAUGGGAAAGGCAUUAUAGAGGACAUAUCAGAUCCUAACCCAAAAGGCUGAUCACGACAUGUUUAGAGAAAGCUUAAUGAACUAAAUUGAGUAGUGUAUGGGUACUGAAUACUGACAACUGCCGUGUAGGAGAUUUCAUAUUUGUUGCAGUUUCUUUUUUUAAUCUUUGCAAGGAUAAGCUAAAGCUGAUUCUGAAGCUCAGGAAAGUUGGGAGCUUGGUUAUUGAUUUGUUACUGGUUUUUAGCUGUCGACUGUUGCUAGUGGUUUUCUGGUGUUUUAUUUUUACCAUGGAUUGUUGCUCAUCAUAGUAAGUGACUUUUAACA